AUGAAGGACGAAGGAGGUGGUCUUGGAGAAUGUGGCGGUGGUCUGAAUACACUCUAUUCAUUCUCAGUAUGGAAGUUCAUUGGGUUUACUCUACCUGCAGAGGUUCGCAGACGGACAUCAUCCCCUGAAAGUGUCCUAAUCAAGAAGGUGGCCAUGGAGGAAGAGGAGAGGCUGACAGAAGAGCUGCAAUUCAUUACCCAGAAUACAAAUGGAGCGAGAGAUCGGCUGAUCUUCCUCACAGAGGGAUCCAUUAACAAGAGGCCCUUCCGCAGGCUAGAUCCACAGUAUGAGCUAUUGAAGUACAAGGAGAAGAAGGUGAUGUCAUUUCUGCACAGCAUAGAGAUAGAUACAGUCAACUCCCGUGAAAACCUCCAGGAGCUCAAGAAGGAGACUAACUUCUAUAGCAACCUGCAUAACCGGAUAAUGACAGAGAAGAAUUUUGUAAAGGAGGAUUUGGAUGCACUGAACCAGGAGAUCAUGACAGUACAGGUUGACUUGAAUGUAAUCCUGAAAUAUUUGGUUGACUUCAACCAGAACGAUAAAGAUGAACAGGAAAAGACCAGCAAACUCCAGACCCAAUACCAUCAG